UCAAAACUGUCUCGUUAUAUAAAAUCAGAUAUGCUUUUGAAAUUUUUAAAAAUUUCAAACAUUUUCAACACAUUUUUUUUUCUAAAUCGGAUGGAAGAAGGUAUAGUAAUAAAGUCAGGUAUAGGACAGAAAAAAUGGCCCGUCUCACGGCGUGGCGACGAGGCAUAGAUCCGGAAGAUGAGUAUUCUUCCACGCGGAAACAUCUGCGGUACGAAAAGAGGCAUAACUUUUUGGAGAUCUAUGCGACCUCGUUUAUUUGCGGCUGUAGUGCCGAAUUUGCGACCUUUCCGUUGGACUUGGUAAAAACCCGCAUGCAAGUGCAGGGAUAUUUUCCUAACAAAAACAUGCCAGGCUAUACGUACAGGAACGCGUGGGCGACCUUCAAAGGCGUCAUCCAGGAGGAGGGACCAAGGAAACUGUACGCAGGUAUCUCUGCUCAGAUAGUGAGGCACAUAUUCUUCGGUGGCACCAAAUUCAUUAUAUUCGACGCGCUGAGCCAGAAUCUAGAGACUCGUGGCGCGGACAAUAAGUUACAGCUUUCCUACCCACACUCCUGUUUCUGCGCCAUCAUAGCUGGUGGAGGCGCGAAUCUCGUUACCGUACCCACCGAGCUGUUCAAGAUCCGGAUGCAGAUGGAGGCCAAGCGGCGCGCGGCUGGCUUCCCUCCGCGGAUCAACAAUGUUGUUCAUGGCCUGACUUCCACCAUACAGAGGAAUGGAUUUUAUGGUCUGUGGGCUGGUGUGGUACCCACCAUCUGGCGCGGAUCCCUGCACACUUUGGCCGAUGUUGGAACCUACUACUUCGUCAAGCGGUCGCUUAUCAAUCUUUUCGGGAUACCGGAUAAUCGGGGCACCCACUUUCUGGCCGCCUUGGUUUCCGGUGUCGUGGUAGUUCUGCUAAGUAACCCGCCUGACGUGGUCCGGUCGCGGGUGAUGUUCCAACCAAGAGAUAAGCGUGGCCGAGGACUUCACUUCAAAAGCAGCCGGCAGUGCUUUCUGCGCCUGGUGAGAGAGGAAGGAUUCCUGGCCAUGUACAAGGGAUGGCUUCCCUUUUGGCUUCGUGUGGGUCCUUGGUCAUUCAUUUUUUGGUUAACAUUCGAACAUGUUCGAGGAAUACGCGGCGACCAACAUCGCUACAAUUGAUAGUCUCAGUGUCAUAUAUAGCAAAAUUUUAGCAGUUUAGUUUUAAUAAUUUUAUUGAAAAAUUAUAUGUAUAUAUUAUAAAUAUAUUUUGUAAAUAAU